UUUGAAAAUUGAAAAAUAGAACAGCACAAAAAUAUCAAUCAAACAUGUUAUCUUCUAAUUCUCCCUCCAUCAACUCCCACCAUUUUCCAGGAAAAUCCUCCACUUUCCGGGAAAACAAACAGUGAGAAGCAUCUAAAUUCUUAAAAAAUGAACUCCUCCAUCAUCCUCAAGUCCACCUUCUUCUCCCCUCUUCAAACCCCAAACCCGAACCCAAAACCCCAAAAACCCAUCUCCAAAUUCUCAAUAAAAUCCUCAAUCCACUCAGACCCAUGGUCACUAAGCGACGGAAACGACAUAUCAAAACCAAAACCCAGAUCAAGAAACGCCAAAAAACCACUCUCAGACGACAACGCAAGGCGCAUAAUCAAAGCUAAAGCACACUAUUUGAGUUUGCUUCGUAAAAACAAGGGCCCACAUGUCCAAACACCCAAGUGGAUAAAAAGAACGCCUGAACAGAUGGUUAAGUACUUGGAGGAUCAUAGAAAUGGACAAAUUUAUGGGAAGCAUGUGAUUGCUGCUAUUAAGACAGUUAGAGGAAUGGCGGGUGUAAGAGAGGAGGAGAGGAAUGUGAGGCUGGUGAUGAGUGGAUUUGUGAGUAAAUUGACGUUUAGAGAAAUGUGUGUCGUUUUGAAAGAACAGAGAGGUUGGAGAGAAGCUAGAGACUUCUUCUUUUGGAUGAAAUUGCAGCUAUGCUACCGUCCAUGCGUUAUUGUCUACACAAUUGUUUUACGAAUAUAUGGACAAGUUGGAAAGAUCAAGUUGGCUGAACAAACUUUCUUGGAGAUGCUUGAAUCGGGAUGUGAACCAGAUGAAGUAGCUUGUGGUACGAUGCUGUGUUCAUAUGCUAGAUGGGGACGUCAUAAAGCUAUGCUUUCCUUUUAUUCCGCUAUACAAGAAAGGGGCAUUGUGCUGUCAGUUUCAGUUUACAACUUUAUGCUGUCGUCUUUGCAGAAGAAAUCACUUCAUGGCAGGGUUAUAGAAUUGUGGAGGCAAAUGAUGGAUAAAGGGGUGACACCCAAUAGUUUUACUUAUACUGUGGUUAUCAGUUCACUUGUCAAGGACGGCCUACAUGAAGAGGCUUUUCGAAUGUUUAAUGAGAUGAAGAAUAGUGGGCAUGUCCCUGAGGAAGUGACAUAUAGCUUGCUUAUUACCAUAAGUACCAAAAAGUAUAACUGGGACGAAGCAGGGAGAUUAUAUGAGGAUUUGAAAUCUCAGGGAUUAGUUCCAAGCAACUUCACAUGUGCUUCCCUUCUGACCAUGUACUACAAAAAUGGAGAUUUUUCUAAAGCUCUUUCUCUGUUUCUUGAAAUGCAAAGCAAGAGAAUUCCCGCUGAUGAAGUAAUUUAUGGACUGCUCAUUAGAAUAUAUGGGAAACUUGGUCUUUAUGAUGAUGCCCAGAAAAUAUUUGAAGAGACUGCAGAACUGGGUUUGCUGAGCGACGAGAAAACAUAUUUGGCAAUGGCACAAGUCCACCUUAAUUCAGGAAAUUCUGAGAAAGCUUUAUAUGUUAUUGAAGUGAUGAAGUCUAGAAACAUUUGGUUGUCAAGAUUUGCUUAUAUUGUUCUAUUGCAGUGUUAUGUUAUGAAAGAAGAUCUCAACUCUGCAGAAGCUACAUUUCAAGCUCUGUCAAAGACUGGACUUCCUGAUGCCGGUUCUUGUAAUGACAUCCUUAAUUUGUAUCUAAAACUGCAAUUGACUGAAAAAGCUAAAAGAUUUAUCACCCAAAUAAGACAAGAUCGAGUACAUUUUGAUGAGGAGCUUUUCAAGACAGCUACCAAGAUACUUUGCAACUGGGGCAUACUAAGCGAUGUGGAACAACUGACAAAAGAGAUGAGCACAAAUGAAUUGCUCAAAGAUAGUAGGUUCUUUUUGACAUUUUUCCAAAUUAUCUAUGGAGAAGACAAGGAAUCUAAAAACUUUCUGGCCUUUGGUCAAUUUGACACUUUGACUCUCCGGUAUAUUCUUACUCUGUAUCUGAGACAUGGUAACUCUAGUAAAAUUGAAGAGAUCAUGAAGCUGUUGCUUGGGACUGGUGGUGGUUUGUCUGUUGUGAAUCAACUAACUAGAAACUUCAUAAGGGAAGGUGAUACUGGAAAAGCUGAGGCACUUAUUGCUCAAGUGACCAAGCUAGGUGGCAGGUUAGACGAUGAAGUAAUUGCUUCUUUGAUUAGUUUGUGUGGCAAAAGACAAAAGCUGAAUCAGGCUCAAGAGGUAUUUGCAGCAACUGCAGACUCCCCACUCUGUGGAAAACCAAUAGUUAACUCAAUGAUUGAUGCAUAUGCCAAAUGUGGCAAAUCAGAGGACGCGUACUCUCUAUAUAAAGAAGUAACUGACAAAGGGCUCAAUCUGGGUGCUGUUGGUGUCACCAUAUUUGUGAAGGCGCUGUCUGAUUGUGGCAAACAUCGAGAAGCGGAACGUAUCGUUCGCACGAGUAUUCAGGAUAUGGAGCUUGAUACUGUGGCUUACAAUGUCUUUAUCAAGGCAAUGCUAGAAGCAGGUAGAUUGCAUUUCGCAGCCAGCAUCUAUGAACGCAUGAUUUCCGUGGGAGUUACUCCAUCUAUUCAGACAUAUAAUACUAUGAUUAGUGUUUAUGGACGAGGUGAUAAGCUGGAUAAGGCUGUGGAGAUGUUCAAUACUGCUUGCUGCAUGGGGGUAUCUUUAGAUGAGAAGGCGUACACGAAUAUGAUUAGCUAUUAUGGCAAGGCUGGAAAGAAGCAUGAAGCAUCUCUUUUGUUCACCAAAAUGCAGGAAGAAGGGAUAAAACCAGGGAAGGUUAGCUACAACAUUAUGAUCAAUGUGUAUGCCCGAGCAGGUUUAUAUCGCGAAGCUGAAGAACUUUUCCAAGCGAUGCAGAGAGAUGGCUGUGCACCGGACUCGACCACUUGUCUUUUACUCAUCCGAGCUUAUACGAAGAGUUUGAAAUACUUAGAAGCAGAAGAAAUCAUUGAUGCUAUGUGGAAGAAGGGUAUUUUACCUUCCUGUUCCCAUUUUAAUCACCUACUCUUUGCUUAUGCAGACGCUGGUCUUGUGGUAGAAGCGGAAAGGGUUUUCAAAAAAUUAUCGACAUGUGGUUUAAGUCCUGAUCUUGCUUGUUACCGGAGUAUGCUUAGAGGAUAUAUGGACUACGGAUAUGUGGAAGAAGGCAUAAAGUUUUUUGAGCAGAUGAGCGAGUCUGUUGUAGAACCUGAUCGAUUCAUUAUGAGUGCUGCUGUGCAUUUAUACAAAUUUGCAGGAAAAGACACCAAAGCCGAAGUGCUUCUGGGAUCCAUGAACAAUAUGAAGAUGUCAUUCUUGAAUAAUCUUCAAGUGGGAGCAAAGGUAGUUAGUACCUAGUAUGUGUCAGCUUUGGUCGGUGAUACAGUGGAUAACUUGGGAACAAAGCGAGAAAGGAAUGUGAAUUUUGAUGAGGACCAAUGGUGACAAAAUUUCCGGUUAUGUAAAAGCGUUGGCCGGCCAUCAUAUAACAUGAUGUUGCAGCUCCAUCUCUAAAGAGGGUCAUGGAAGAUGGUCCAGACAGACUAUACAUGGAAUGGGCGAUGAGUAACUAUGAAAUCCUGCUGCAAGAUUGUAUAGCAGAGAAGACAGGAUGAUGGUGAUGUUGGACUCCAUAAUAUCGUCCACUGGCCAUAAACUGGAGACGGGUACAGAUAUAAUUAUGAAUAGGACAUCUUCACCACAAAGUGCAUGGUGGCUGGGGAUGUGCAUUCCGUUCGAUCAAACCGGACUGAACCAAAUUUACAAGGAUUUAAAAGAUUUUAGAUCGAAAUGAAUCGGUCAGUUUGGUUGGGUUUUUUUGGUUCAGUGCCAAAAUUGAACUAUUUUAUUUUACUUUCAAAAUGAAACCAAAUUGUAAAAAUUAUGUAUUUUAUAAUGUCAAGUGAAAUCAAAUUUGUCGAUUUGGUUCGGUUA